AUGCACGUGGAAAUCUCUGUUGCGAUGAACUUUUUCAUAUCCUAUCUUUACAACAAAUUGCCUCGGCGACGUGUAGAUCUGUUUUGCGAGGAGCUGGAAUCAGGACUCAAAGACAAGUUUCGAGGCCACUGGUAUCCGGAAGCACCCUCAAAGGGCUCCGGUUAUCGGUGUAUAAAGGGAAAUGGCGAGGAGAUUGACCCUGUCAUCGUUGCCGCAGCCGUCAAGGCUGGCCUUGAUAUCGUGGAAAUUAAGAGUUACCUACCAGAAGAUCUCACUUUGUGGAUUGACCCCUGCGAAGUUAGUUACAAAAUUGGCGAGAAGGGACAAGUAAAGUUGCUCUAUUCUGACAGAAAUAAUGAAGAUGGGUGUGACAACAUGGACCGAGAGGUACAGGCGGCUAAUCGAACCUUUAAUCCUGAAGCACAAACGUUCACGCCGGAGUUGCCCACCGUCACUCCCGAGUUGCAUACCUUCACUCCCGACAUCCUGGCCUUCACACCUGACGUCAUGGCGUUUUGCGCUGAUUCUUCUCAAUCCUUUCAGCCUAUCGACUCCCUCUCUUCCUCUCUAUCAAACCUUAGCCUUUCCCCCUCAUCCCCAGUUCCUCCAAGUGCAUGGAGCACAGCCACAUCACCUUCCUCCAACCUGUUCAGUUCAGCUGCACCAGCUGCAGGAGUAUCAAGCCCUUCCUCCUAUCUAACGCCUCGAGCCAAUGGUAGCGGUCGUCCACAGUUCACAGCAGCUAUGUUUGCCCAGACCAAAUUCGGCUCCACAAAACUGAAGACCCACGUCAAACGUCCCAAUCGACUCUCUCCAACAGAAUUCAGCAACUAUUUCCGACAACAACAGAAAGGCUACUCUGGGGCACAGAGACCUCGAUCGCUUUCUCCCCGUGACCCAAGGGUCGAAUUUCUGAUUGACAAACAGCAAAGAAUGAUGUUUCAACAACAGGUGUCCCCAUUAACAUCUUAUGGGCCCAAGCUCCAACAACAUUUUCUUCAGCACCAACAUCAUCGACAGCAGCUGUCACCCACGAGCAUGUAUCCUGAUUUUAUUCCUCACCAUUCGUCGGGUGUAUCCUCUUGUACAUCAUCCCCCCAUUUAUCUCCUCAUCUUUCUCCUCGCAUGUCUCCACAGUGCAGUGGUUCAACAUUCCAGGAGCUGAUUCAUUCCACCCCAAACCUUAAUAAUCUCUCUUUCCCCUCGUCUGACUGCAUCAACCGAUCCAGCUCCUUGUCUCAUCUUGGUCGCUCACUCGGCUUCCCCAGUCUGAAAGCUUCGUCCGUCAGGGAGAACUCAUCCUCGUUCCCGGACCGGCUAGCACAAGCCAAUUCGCUCUCGCCAGAUGGACGCACAACCUUCGUGGACAGUCUCACAGCCACUCCGGUCCACUACGCCAACAGCCUCCAGCACCUUCUCGUGGCCAAUUAA